GCGAGCUACGGACGUAUGUAACGUUGCGCCGCGAAAAAAUACACGCGCGUAUUUACGCUCGCUGCCAUUCAACCUUUAAUCCUAUUAAAAAACAAACGCGGAUGUGUCAGUGACCGUAUCAAUCGAUAAUGGGAUAAUCCAGUGAUCAGUAAUUAAUAUGUGGUUAGAAGUUUUCGUAGUUUAAAGUUACGUGUGGAAAAUGCUUUUGGAAAAUGUGAGUUUGGAAAAAUGUUGAGGGCGUCCCGCGCGCGAUGCACGCACCUCGGAUGGCUGUGGAUACUGUACAUUUGCACUGUGGACGGGUACAUAGAAAUAGUGGAAGAGCAGCAAUGCCACGACUACGGCUUUCGGCUCACGUGUCGGGACCUGGACUCCCACAUCGCUGUCCUGGAGGCCUGGUACACCUCUUCCGAGGACUACCAGAGGGAGAACUCCUCCCAGCCCCAGAACCUCCAGCUACGAACCGAAAAUGACUCAGAACUGAAUCGAGUGUACGUUUAUUCUAGUCCAAAACACAAUGGCGUCUAUGAGUUAACCAACUUGACGUACCCUGAAAAUACCACUUUAGAUAUAUUGAAUUUGACGUUUAACGAAAGUGCAAACAUCACUGAUAAUGCAAGUGCGGUGAACAUCACUGAUAAUGGAAGUGCAGUGAACGUCACUGACAGUGAAAUGGAAGUGAACGGGAGUGCGUGUGGUGUGGUGACGUAUUCACGAAGCUACAGCAGUUGGAGAGAGGGAGACAAGAGAAAGAGAGCCCAAGAGAGGAGUGCGUCAGUCAAUUUGAGGGCGCCCUUGAGUUACCGGUAAGGAAUACUUAGGCCA